AUGACGCCGCGCUUUUGUAUCUGUCGUCCGGUGCUGUCUGUACCGCGCUCUCUUGUAUCUCAAAACAAGCGUCGGUUCCGACAGGAUGGAUUCGAUUUAGAUUUAAGCUACGUACACCCGCGCAUUAUUGUCAUGGGUUAUCCUGCUGUGGGGUUCGAAUCUUUGUUUCGAAAUUCGCGUUUGGACGUGCAAAUAUUUUUAAAUAAACGCCAUGACGACAACUACUACGUCUACAAUUUCUGUGACGAGCCCAAGCGGAGGUUGAUUAUCUAUGAUGCUCGUAUUGAUGGUGAAGUGAUUGAUCACAAUGUUCCGUCGAUUCAAAUGAUGGUAUCGUUCUGUGACGAUGCUGCAAAGUGGCUCGAUGCAAACGAAAAUCACGUCGUAGUGCUGCAUUGCAAGGCUGGAAAAGGACGAGCUGGCAUGAUGGCGUGCAUGCUACUUAUACGAAUGCGGUUCUCGGCUUCCGCGACAGAUGCCAUUGAGCGCUACAAUCGCGAGCGCGUACACGAUCGCCGGGGUCUCACGGUUGUAAGUCAGAAAAAGUGGGUACACUAUUACGCUUCAAUCCUUGGACAAGCUCUUACGCCAGGAAAAGACAUUCAAGAACCCGCUCUGACGAUUAAGAAAUUGAAGUUGCACAAUAUAUUGACGGCAGCUAAACCGCCAAAGUUGCGACUUCGCGUCUUUACACUCUGCCCUGACGGGUUGUCGAAAAUUCUGAUGCAUCAACAAAUUGGCUCAAUUGAGUUCGAUGUAGACGAGGAAGUCCGGGGUUGCGUAUUGAUUGAAUUCUAUCGUGAACGCGCGAACGGGUGUAUGCGAGCUAAAUACUUCAAAAUUUGGUUCAAUACCUACUUUCUCAAUCAAGACAAAAAAUCUAGCCGAGUAGUCUUCGCACGGUCUGAAAUGGAUUGGACGGCUCGGGAUAAAAAGUUUCGUCGUUUGCCUGCAGCUUUUGAACUAGAAAUGAUCAUAUGA